AUGGUAAGUCUUAGAAAACUGUCUCUUUUGAGCACCACUGCCCUAGUUGGCCUCGAUUCAGCCCGUGCCCGUUUCCCACGUUCGAAUGACGACCCAGAUCUCAACACCGGCAGAUAUAUUGUUAUCCUCAGGGAUGGGCUGGAAGCUUCAGCCGUGGAACAACAUAUGCAUUGGGCCACCAGCUUACGCGCCCGCGACACUUCACCGACGAUCGAAUUAGGAAUGCGAUGGAACAUUGGUUCUUGGAACGCUUACUCUUGUACCAUGGACGGAAAUACUCUCGCCCAGAUUAACGGGAGCGAUGCUGUCAAGCUAGUCGAACCCGACAGCAGAAUCGAUCUCUUUAGGCACAUCACACAAGAGAACGCAUCCUGGGGUCUAGGCUCCAUCUCUCACAGAGGGCGGGUCAAUCGUACAGAUUACGUCUACGACUCACGAGCCGGAGAGGGUACGUACGCCUACAUCCUCGACACCGGCUUACUAGCAACACACGAAGAAUUCGAGGGUCGUGCUUCUUUGGGUUACAAUGCCGUCGGAGGCAGAUUCGUCGACGAGGUCGGCCACGGAACUCACGUUGCGGGUACCCUUGGUGGCAAGACAUAUGGCGUUGCUAAAAAGGCGAAGAUUAUAUCCGUAAAGAUCUUUGCCGGAUACCGGUCGAGCGUAUCCAACCUCCUCCAAGGAUUCGAAUGGGCUGUUGGCAACAUUACAGGCGAAAACCGCCAAAAAAACUCAGUCAUCAGCAUCAGUGCAGGGGGCGAGGCCCGAGAAGCCGUAAAUCAAGCGGUCAAUGAAGCGUAUAACCAAGGUAUAUUGACAGUCGUGGCGGCUGGUAAUGCAGAUCAAGAUGCGCAACAUUUCUCUCCUGCUUCGGCGGAAAAUGCUAUCACCGUCGGCUCCGUGGGCAGAAAUGACUCGCGAUCCAUCUUCAGCAACUGGGGCCAAUUAGUUGAUAUUUUUGCCCCAGGUGAAAGUAUCGAGUCCGCGUGGAUUGGCGACAAUCAGGAUACACGGAACCUUUCGGGUACGAGUAUGUCUACGCCUCAUAUCUCCGGUCUACUCUUAUAUCUAAAGAGUAUUAUUCCUUAUCGUAUGGAAACCCCUGUAGAUAGCUUGAAGGAGCUGCAGCAACUAGCAACACACGGAGUUGUCAGAGAUAUCAGGGGUUCCAAGAACUUACUUGGGUUUAAUGGGAACGGCGAGACCGUGCUUGCAAAUGGCCGAGCGCCGGUGAUUUACAACUUGGAUCACACAGCAUCGAACUAA